GGUUGCAGUUUGGCUGGAACGUAUGCCCCAGGAAAGAACCAGUUUGUUCUGAAUGUUUAAAUAGACAGUCUGCUAAUUAUGGCAGUCAGUUUACAUGGCUUCACGACUUGUACAAUUCUCAGCUUACUGAUCAUUGGAUUAUGUAUCGCUAGAUCGGUAGGACGAUACAAGCGAGCUCCUUUUUGCAUUAAUAAUGAGGAAGGUCCUAUGUCAUUUCUUUGGUCUGUCAAGAAGGAUCCGCCUUCAUAUUUUUUCGGCACGAUUCACGUCCCAUACACGAGGGUGUGGGAUCACAUUCCUGCCAGUGCCAAACAUGCCUUUAAACAAUCUGACAACGUGUUCUUUGAGUUGGACAUGAUGGAUCCAUAUACAUUCAGCGCUUUGAGUAACUGCCAGCUACUUCCACAGGGAAGAAACUUGGUUGAUGUGCUUCCAGAGGACCUCUAUCAACGGUUAAAAAGUCACCUGGAUUACGUGAAAGUCACAUUACCUUCGUGGCUGACUGCUGACCAGAGAAGUCGGGGAUUGUAUGCAGAUUAUAUCUUCAACAUGAUGACUUUUAAUUGGGAAAGAAAACGGCCAGUCUGGGUGAUGCUAAUGGUGAACUCUUUAACUGAAAGCGACGUCAAGACACGAGGAAUUCCCGUGUUAGACCUUUACCUUGCUCAGGAAGCUGAGAAGUUGAAUAAACAAACAGGAGCCGUGGAGCAUCCUGAGGAACAAUGUCUGCCGCUUAAUGGCCUUAAUUUCUCUCAGGUAAUUUUUGCUUUAAAUCAUACUCUCUUCCAACACGAAAACAUACGGAAUGGAGGCGUUCAACUGACGUACACGACGGAGGACUUAAUCAAACAUUACAACUGUGGAGACUUGAACUCUGUGAUCUUCAGACAGGACACAAUUUCUGUGCCAUAUCUAGUAAAUACUUCGCUGCUCUUAAGCGACAAAUCUAUUGCCAAUGCUAUCGACGAGUAUUUUAAAAACGAACUGAUAUUUAAGCGGAAUAAAAAUAUGGCUGAGAGAGUGAUUGAAUUACUGAAUGCAUAUCCAGAUGAGAGUUUCUUCUUUGCAUUUGGUGCUGGCCAUUUUCUAGGGAAUGAUACAAUUUUAGAUUUCAUGAAAAAUAUUGGAUAUGAAAUUGAACAUAUUCCAGCCAAUAAAAAAUUCACUCGGGGGAGGAAUCAUGGGAGCAAGGAAAGUCACUGGUUAUGGGUUCAAGUGCCCCACACGCCAGGAUUCAGCAGUAAGUUCAAGCUAUUGGAUAACGAGGAGGCUAAGAAUGCCAACGGUUUUCAAAUUUCAAACAGAGAUCAGCCACAACACGGAGACAACAAUCGCCAGUCUGACCUGCACUGGGAAAGUAUUAGAUUGCAGCGAACAACUCAUAAACCUUCUACAUUAAAGCCAAGAGAAAAAUUCAAGGACUUAUGGGUCAGACUGGAUACUAUGACAACCAGGCCCCCAAGAAUACUACCUCAACAAAAUCCGAACACUGACGCACAAGGAGUAGAAAAGUCGUUGCAUCUUUGGUAUGGGUUUACCAGCGGUGGCGCUGGAAUAGUAUAUGAGCUACAAAUUCUUCACUGUAUGUUGCUUCUUUUUGCUUGGUGGAUUUUUUAGAAAAAAAAAAGGAAUAUGUAGCUAAAAAUGAACUAGAAGACUGUUUUCUAUUUGGUUGAAAAACUUUAAAAUCAAUCUUAAGUUAUAAGUAAAAUCUGAAACCUCAAA